AUGGCAACGGAAAGCGAUUCUGAUCUCGCAGGGGCCCUCGAAGAGGAGUUCCGUGAAGCGCAGGAGUCGCCCGACAGGACGGGGCACCCGUCACAGGAAGAGGAGGAAUCCGAAGUUGAUCCUCCUUAUGAUCGCCCCAUCCCCACUGCAGUCGCUAGUGAUGGCCGGUUGUUCGGGCUUGGCCCAGGGGCCCUGGAUGCGCUGAUGGUAGUGUCAGAUGAUGAUCAAACCGCCGCGCGAGUCCAGGUGGAAAGUUCUCCUGAUGGUGGGAGUGUGUCGACCAGGCGAGCCAAGACUGAUGUUAGGGGGCGAGGACGUGGACCUGGUGGUGAUGAGGAUGAGUUGAUCCCGGACGGGGGAAUGCGUUCCAGGCAGACAGAACCACGUGAUAGCUCUGAUGGUGCUACGACUGGUCAGCCUAGUCAAGUUCAGAUCCUAGGCCAGGAUAUGAUUGCCGAGAUGUUUGGUCAAAUGAGCACAAUGAUGCAGCAAACAAUCCAGUGUCAUGUUGUGCCUGCCUUGGACCGAAUGAUGGUUGAACAGGCGACAAUGGCUUCAAGAUUGGAAAGACUGGAACAAGAGCCUGGCCGCUUGGCAACUUCGCCUCAGGGCGUUGUUGGUGACGUAGCAAGCCAGAUGGAAACGUUGAACCUGUCAUCGCAGGAUGCGGUGAACUUGGAUGCUCAGUCCAGAAACUCUGGUGGAGACAAGGUGGACAUUGUCAAACCGACGAUACACCGGAUGGGAGACGCUAGCGCGGCCGAAGGCAGCAGACGGGCUGAGAGGGGGCAGGUGGUGGAUCCGAGUACAUCUAAUCUGCCAGCCACUAGCCCAGAGAUCGAGUCGAGAACGCGUAACGUCGCUAAGGUUCCGCGUUUGCUCGAAGUUCGCCAUCGGGAGUCGCAUCGGCUAAGAUUGUCUAUCCAUGCUCACCUGGAGGAACCGAGAUUAGGCCUCCGCCGCCAGCUCCCACGACCGGGCCUGCUGUGGGGUGUAUCCUUGAGCGGCAAAGAGCAUCCAGGGAGUAAGGGAGUUCCUGAAGAGCCAACCCGAGUAUCUCUUGAGCUUCCGAAAUUGGGCGCGUAUGACCCAUCCACUUCAGCUAUAGUUGCCGGAGACUGGUUGGUGUCCCUGGUGCCCACUAUGACAUGUCUGUCGGCCACGGCUACUGAGUUUUGGGAUGACGUCAUGGAUACCGCACGCGAGUAUUACAGCCGAUGGCUAAACUCAUCCCCGCUAGAGCGCUUGCAUCUUCAAGUGGAUAGCCUCGCUACUCGAUAUCGGGGUGGAAAGUACUCAAGAGUAGACCAACGCGCGGUGACUAUGCUGAUGUCGGCUGUGGGUUCAGAGCUAAAGGACGACAUCAUUUCUCUUAGAUUGAUGGGGUCCUGUGCUAUAAUCUUCAAGGUGAUGUGCAAGUUCCAGCCUGGGGGCACCUCAGAAAAACAACAGCUCCUUUCGUACUUGGUAGGCCCUGAUCAGGCGUUGCUGGAUCAGUCGCCGUCCCAAGAAAAGGUGUAUCAAUAUUCUGAGCUGUUGUUGGCAGAAGCAGAAGAAGCGGUGCUUUCUACUGGGACAGACAAGGGUAAGCGCCAAACUGUAGCUAGGGCCGAUGAACAGAAAGGAAAAGGGGGUACCAAGGACGGCAAGGGUGGAGCCAAGGGUGUGGGCAGUGGAGAAACCCCAGUGUGCAGACUCUGGAAAACGGAUGAUGGCUGCCGCUACGGUAAGGCGUGCAGGUUUGUGCACUCAGCUCUGACGCCCUCUGACAAAAGAUGCUUUGUUUGUUCGAGUGUCAACCAUCGAAAGGCCGAAUGCCCGCAUGCCAAACAUCAGUCACAAGGUGCGGGUGAGCCAUCGAAGGAGGGAGCUAAGGAAGCUGCUAGAAAGGGUCAAGGGGGCGGGGGUAAGGGCGGAGCGAGUAGUUCCACUGCCGACGUUGGCAAAACGAGCCGUGAUGACCUGUUGGCCAAGGCCAACGCAGUCCUUGAUACCAUACAGUCAUCCAUCAAGAUGAUAGAAGAUAAGAGCCCUUAUCCUUCUAGGCCUGGUGAGGGAGAAGAGACUGGCCUCAUUGAUUCGGGUGCUACCACCUCCAUGCGGCAGAGACGUGAGGGAGAAAGAGCUGUAGGCAGCAGGAUGGUUAGUUUGGCCCAGGGUGAAAUUGAGCUUGGAGUGAGUGCUGGCGGGGUUCUUCUGGCAGAGGACAGCAUUGAACCGAUAGUGUCCUUGAGACAGCUUGUAGCUCUAGGGUUCAGGCUAGUUUGGACGAAGCGGUCUUGUACGCUGCACGAUGAGCAAGGUAUCAUUGUUCCAGUGUCUGUGCGGAGUGGAUGCCCGAGGGUUACCCGUCAACUCGCCUUGAAGCUGAUUGACAGAGUUGAGAUUGCUCGUGUCCAGGGUCUGAAUACAGAACGAGUCCAAAAGCUUGGGGUACAUGACAAGGUCUGGCAAGGGGCAGCAAGUCGGUUGAAGGUCGGGAUUGAGGGACGAGACAAAGAGGGUGCGUGUGUGUGGCAUCGUGUGCUGUGUUCUUCCUUGUUCCCUGAAGCUCCCCGUGAACUGCUGGAUGAGGUGUCGAGGCUCACGAGUGGAGCUCAACCUCCUAGAGCCUUCAAUCGUAGGAAGCGUCGUUCCAUCGAGAUGGCCAAGGGAGUGAUACUUCACUUAUGCUGUGGCUCUUCACGAAGAGCAUUUGAUGAGGUUGCAGCUAAGCAUGGGAUGGUUGUCCUUGCAGUAGACAGCCAAGAAGACCUGAACGACCCCUCGACGUAUUCGUACAUUUUAAGCCUUGCUGCCCGAGGGAAGCUGAAGGCAGUCCUGUCAGGGUUUCCGUGUCGAACUCGAUCGGCCUUGAGGGGGCGGGGUGAGGGCCCACCAGUCGUUCGGGAUCGUGAUGGCCCUGGGCGGUGGGGUAAGGCUGGGAUCUCCGCGCGCGAGGAGGCGAAGGUUUGGGAGGAUGAUCAGCUCAUGAUUCGUACGUUCAUGCUUGGGGUAGUGGCCAAAUGGGGUCUUUCCACGCUUGAUUCCGAAGAGGAGCGGUGUUUCAACUUUAUACUUGAGAACCCCCAAGACCCCAAAGAAGUGUUUGGUGAGUGUCACGCCUCGUAUCCCACGCUAUGGACCACUGCUGAGUUUGAAACUCUUCGAAGGCUCUUAGGCCUGAGCCUCAUCACCCUAGAUCAGGGUCCGUUGGGUCACGUGUGCCGUAAGCCAACGACCGUCGCCUGCGUGUCUGGGUACUGGCCCAGAUGGGCUAUGGAUCUAAAGGGGCCGGGAUGGGCUAGUGAUGAGCAAGAACGUGGCUCUAGCGAAGAGUGGGCAAAAUGGUCACAUGGGCUUUGUCAAGCUAUCCGUCAGUCGUUGGACAACUCAUGUAGUAGAAGGGCGGUGUGUGUUCGGGAAGUGGAGGAGCUUCGACGGUUGCGCAUUGACCAAUCUAUGCGGGAUCACGUCUUGGCAGGUCACAUCCCAUAUCGCCGGGACUGCUAUGCAUGUGUGGCAGGUAGAAUACGCCGACCAUCGCAUUUUAGGAGCCAAGUGUCAGAGAGCUUCACACUAUCCCUUGAUUUGGCCGGUCCGUUCAAGGAGGGGAUGAGUGAGGGAUGUAGGGCCAGAUACUUCUUGGCAGCCGUGUUCUCUGUCCCACGGUCUCCUGAGCUCAACGGGUUCCUAGGAGCUGAGCCUUUUGAAGAUCCGGAGGAAGUUCCAGGUGCAGGGGUUGGGGACCUGCCACAAGAGGGUCCUUGGGAGGUGGAAGAGUCCGAGGAGGAGGCUGUAGAAGUUCAAGAGCAGGAUCAGGCUCCGGAGGAGGAAGAACCUCAACCCAUGAAAAAGUUAGAGCUUGUCCACUUGCCGUUUGUGGCAAUGCUCCGCACAAAGGGGGCUCGGGAGGUCCUUGAUGCCGUGAAGGGGAUUGAGGCUAGAUUGGUGGCGAUGGGGUGUAAUGUUGCACGCCUGCACACCGAUGCCGGGGGAGAAUUUUGCAACAAGCUGAUGCGGGAGUGGACACGCGCUAGAGGGAUCCACAAGACCAACACGGGGGGGGACCGGUUUCGGGCUAACCCAUUUGCUGAGAACCUAAUUGGGAUCUUGAAAGGCCAGGCGCGGACGCUGAUGCACCACAUGGAUACCCCAAUUCCAGAUUGGCCAUACGCCCUUCGGCACGCGUGUGCUGAGCGGUUUCGCGUUGAGGCCUCUAAGCUUGGCUGGAAUGUGCCAAGGCUCGUGCCAUUUGGUGCGAAGGUGCAUGUGUUGCAGAGAAGCUGGCACAUCCAUAAGCGAGGAGAGUGGGUGUCGCGGGUCGUUGGGGCUAGGCUGUUGUGUCCCUCUAGGGAGUUGUCAGCUGGCGAUCUUGUCAGGACUGAUGCGGGCGAGCUUUUAAACACUCCGUGUGUGUUUGCCGACCUUCAGACAGUAGAUCCAGACUCCUUCGAGAUUCCUCCCGAAAAGGCCAAGGUAGGCACGCGAGCAGUUAAUCCUGACGUUCGGGUUCGUGGCAAAACCACUCUAGGAGUUAGGCCAGCAGUAGCUGAGGCCGACGCCAAGGGUUCUGAAGAGAGUGCUCGAGAGCAUGUUGCCAGGAUUCAAGAUGUGUUGUCUGAAGAUGAGCAAGCAUGGGGCUUGGCCUCCAGUGAGCAUUUUUGCUUAGAUCGGGCAUCGCAGUUCUUGUUGGGCACCAGCUGGUUGCAGUCUCCGUCGGGUCGCUCGAGGGUGGGAGUUCUUGACGAGGGCGGCUUUGCAAGAGUUUUGGGGUUCUAUCAGCAUGGGGGGGUGACCGGAGUGACUCGGGAAUGGGCGCGAUUUCCAGGCUUUGCCAAGUUGCUAGCUCGUAUGGUUGCUGCUGUCGAUCCCAAGCAUGAGUUCACUACUCUCACAAUCCUGAAUCAAACCCGCGCCAAACCGCACAGGGAUACAUACAAUCUGCCGGUGUCAAACUUGAUUUUACCCCUUCGGGUUCCGCCGUCCGGGGGAGGGAUCUGGGUCGAGAGGGCGCUGGGGGAUGAUGCUCGAUGGGUUACUCCCAAGAUGCGGGUGGCAGGGGAGGUGCAAUCUCUUACGCCGUUUCAACCAUGCUACUUGGACCCCCACAAGUGGCACGCAACAGAGGGUUGGCAAGAGGGUUCGCGUGUGCUGCUCGUGGCGUAUAGCCUAAAAGGUAUCAGCAGGGCGACUGCGGAGCAGCGUCGAGGCUUGCAAUGUACGGGGUUUCGGCUACCGGGUGUAUGUGCUGCUGGUGAUGACCAGCAGGGGGGAGACCUCCAUAUAGAUCAAAAAGUUCAAAAACCGACGCCUCAAGUGUCGUGUACUGGUCAUGUCCUCGAGUUUUCGCCCGCACAUGCUCAUGACUUGGAGCGCAGUGAGAGUCAUAGAGAUUCAGAGCGCUGUGAGGGUCGAGAGAGUGCCGGGGGUGUUGAGAGUCAAGGGCAUUUCGUGUGUCAUAUGGGUCGUGGGGAUCCGGGUGAGUGUGCUGGCCCUGAAUGGAAAAGGGGCAUUCUGAAGUGUGGGAAAGGGGGCUCCCGCCAGGCGUCAGAAAGUAGGCGCGUAAGGUGGAGUGGGCCAGCUGUAGAGUGCAACGUUGCUGAGGAUGCAAUGUCAACUUGUGCUGUGUAUCACAAUUCUUCGUGUCCUUCGUGUGCAAAAGAUCCAAUUGGUUUGUGUUCGAUUGCAGAGAGGGACGUUUUUUCCUAUGCGAGUGGUAGUUUAUCGCUUCCAGCUCCCCUUGGCCGGUCAGUCAGCGCUGGGUGGGGGGCUCGUGGGGGCGAUUCUUUUGUAGGGUCGCGUGAAGGUGGCCAGGAUGGUGACAGGGUGGAUCGUGGAGGUUCACGUUGUCCGGCUUUGGAUGCUCUGAUCCUUGGUCAGUUUGAGGGGUUGGAGGGUGAUGGGGCCGGUGGGCUGUUCCUGGAAGGUCCGGGGGAGCUUGAGGCCUGUAGCUUCGACAGGGUCUGCGUUGCUGGAGGCGACGCUGUGCAGGAUCCUGAUUUCCAGCAGUUGGCGUUGAAGUCGCUGGUUGCUCGCGAGUGUAAGAUCGCGGGAAAAGGGGGGUAUCCCGACAGUGAGCUGCAACAUCUAGAAGGUGUUGUGGAGGACAUCAGUCGUCUGGAGCAGUGUUGCUGUAAGGCGGAUUGCAUAGAGUACUCCCUUCUGCCUGAUGCGGAGGUUCUCACCACACAUACUGUUCCGCUAGAUGAGGUUGAGCGUCACUGUGAGCUUUGGGCUGAUGCAGUUCAGGAGGAGGUGGACUCACUUGUUCAUGAGAAAAAGGCCCUUAAAGUCAUUGACGCAGCUGAGUUAGAGAGGCUCCAGGCCCAGGGAACCAAGGUGACGGUAAUACCUAGCAAGGUUGUUUGCACGCGCAAGGCUGGGGGGAGAUUCAAGGCUCGCUUGGUUGCGUGUGGGAAUCACCUAGGGGGCCAGGAAAAGAACAAGGAUGGGGCUAGCCUCUACGCCGGGGGGGUCGACCCAGGGGUCCUUCGUCAAGUUGCGUCUAUUGCCACAAAGAGGGUAUGGGCCGGGGGAGCUACUGACAUAAAGACGGCAUUUCUAAACGCAGAGUUGCUUGACAGACAUCAGCCCCGUGUUAAGCCGCCUCCGUUGUCCCAAGAGAUCCCUGAAGAAGUGAUCGUGCUGAAGGUCCCGGGAAUUGUGUCUCGACAUGGCCACCUUAGUCGGCAACAGUUCAUGCUGGUCCAGAGAGCAGUCUAUGGCAUAGACCAGUCUCCUAGAGACUGGGGGAUCACCAGGGACGUAGAAAUAGCCAGUAUGGUAGUGCAUGUGCAGGGGACUGCCUGUAAGUUUGAGCAGAGCCGGUGUGAUUCAAACUUGUGGUUCUUACGCCCGCUGCCCGAGGCAGGCAAGGAGCAUGAGUGGAGAGAGCCGCGAGCGUGUUUGCUGGUUUAUGUCGAUGACAUUUUGGCGUUUGCAAAAAAGGGGCUUUUGGAACAAGUGCUUGGCAUGAUCACGUAA